AUUUUUCAGAUCCCUUGACCAAGAUCCGACCUCCUUCACCCCAUGGCGACCUCAGAACUCCUCUCUCACCAUACACCUGCCCUCGAACACCUGCCAAUUCGGUAGAAAUUGAAAAAACCUUGGAUCGUGAAUGCCUUGAAAAAUUUUUGAAAAUUAGUGUCCGGCACAUCACAGAUGGACAACGACUGGUUGCUGACCCUGAUGAUGCUGUACCUGACCUGAGAAGAAGGGCACAAGAGACAAAACUGGAAAGGGAGUUGUGGCAGGUGUUCUCUUGGUGACUCCAAAUGCAGUGAUGUUUGACCCUAAUGUGUCUGACCCUCUGGUUAUUGAACAUGGACCUGAGAGUUAUGGAGUUAUUGCUCCUAUGGAAUUUGUGGUGAAUGCAGCGCUUUAUUACGACAUAGCUCAUAUGAGAGUCAAGGACACCAGUAUACCAAAGCCUGAAAUUCCAAAGCCAGAGAUCUACUGGGGUCCAAGUCAAGUGGAACUCACUGGUAGCCAAGAGUCUCCAGGGAAGGAUGCAUCACUCAGCAAAGAUGCGACCUUCCCUGAGCUGGCAGCCUCCCAAGAUGAUAAUGACUCUUCUUGCUCAUGCGGGGGUGACACCCGUGAAAGUUCAGCGUUUCCGAAAGCCUUUGAACACGAGCUUCUAACCCCCAUUGGUUCCGAUGUAUCUCCAGCUAGUGGAGAUGGGCAGCCUUCUUCUGGUCAGCCUUCCCCCAGUGGCCAGCAGCAGCAGGCCGUACCUGUUGCUGGAGAUCUCACGCCAAUAGCAGAGGCAAGCCGUCUAGAGGACUCUCAGGUCGCACCCCUAAACCUUGCUCAAACUGAAUGUGAUACUAUAUCUGCUCAGGACCUUGCUCAAACUGAUUGGACCUCAGGUGACCAACAAAUGGAAGAUGAUUUAAUGUGCAACGAGAAGAAGAGGACCACUUCGGUGACCUUCGACUUAACAGGGGAGGGUGAAGAGGCCAUACCAGACAUGGGAAGUGAUGCCAAUAUGCAAGAAUCACGGAAGCAAAAGUGGGUAUCACAAAGUCGAUUGUGGAGAACUGAUACUGGGUACAUCUCCAGUGUUCCACGUAGGUUGUUAAAGCACACUCAAACCACAACAACCCCAAAACCUCAGAGUGAUUUACAUUCGAGCCAGACAGAGGUUCUGAAACGCUUAUCUUAUCCACUGUCGUGGAUGGAAAGCUUCAACGCAGACAAGGACAGCAUUGCUCAUCAGCAACAGCAGCAGGGAGUCCAUCCAUCAUCAGCACCACCUGCUGGUGGAGUGGGAGGCCCUAUUACUGCAGAUGGACCUGAUGGGAACAAAGCAGGAAUGUUUUCCAAUGUAUUCAGUAUGUCCAAUGUCUCCAACAUGCUGUCCAGUUCGCCCAAAUACCUGGUUGACUUCAGUAGUGGGCUUUUCGCUCGCUCUCCCUCCGAUUCCACGAACUCGGUGAGGGAUGUUACGGAGCUGGGUACCCCCCCAGGCUCCCUUGAGGGGUACCGUGUAGCGCACUCUGUUUUUUACCGCAAACAAUCCAGCUUGGGUAGUGACAAGGAGGAGAGGAAAGGCAUACCUAUAUUCCACCCAGGGCGGCCAUCAAUGGAUUUUGCUUGGCGACCAUUAAAUCAACAACCUUUGUCUAUCUCAACUCAACAAAGUGCACCUCAGAUAUCAGGUGCGGUGGGGAGUUCCAGUAAUCCGCAACAACAGCAACUACUCCUGCAGCAGCAACAACAGCCUCAGCAGCAAUCACAGCAGCAACCACAGCAGCAACCAGAGCAACAGACACAGCAACAGUCGCAGCAACAGCAACAGCAGCAACACCAACAGCAGCAGCAACAGAUGAACUUGCUCAACAUAGGGGGUCUGGCACCAACAUCUAAUCAUCAGGCCCAGAAGAGAGCACAAUAUAAAGAAGGUCCUAAAUUUGGUCUCAAGAGUAUGGUCAGUAUGGAUGACAUGCCUGAGCUCUUCGCAUCUUUUGACAAGCUAAUCCCUAAGCCAGCCACAUCAUGCGAGGAUCCUCCACUGUAUUUAUGUCUCAGAAUGGGUAAACCUGCUGGCAAGAGUAUUCCAAAGUCUACUCCUGUAAUGUCUUAUGGAAAGAAGAGAAUGAGACCAGAAUACUGGUUCAGUAUUCCAAAGAAUAGAUCAGAUGAGUUAUUCAACUUUUUCCAGUUAUGGGCUCCAGAUAUUUAUGGAGAGCUGAAUGAGGAUGAAGUAUCAGCAAGAGGUUUUGUCCUGGUCGAGGAAGACACUGAGCUCUGGGCUGACCAAGAACACGAAGCUGGAGAAAAUGAAGACAGUUUUGGCGAGCUAACAGAAAUGACCAAAGAAUCAUGGGAGAAAAUAAAAGCCCCUUAUGUUAAGAUCUAUUCAUUGAUGAAGAGUCAGAUGACCAUCUCCACGGAAUCGGAAAAUCCAGAGGUGGUGUCCAUGAGUGAAGAGUUACGAAGAGCGCUAUACUCCUCGGGUUCCCUCACCAGCCUAGAUCUUGAAGCCUUCCUGCCUGACAUCAAUGGUGCAUCAGAAAUCAUCACAGAUGUUGUUCGAAAGAGUCUGUACAGGAAGUUGCCAGCCCGUGCCCAGGGUUACUCGUGGAAACUGGUGUUUAGCACAGCAGAGAAUGGUUUCAGCCUCAACUCCCUCUACCGCAAGAUGAGUGAUGUCGAUUCCCCCAUCAUGCUCUUUAUCCAAGACACUCAUCAAAAUGUUUUUGGCGCAGUAGUGUCGUGCUCAUUGCACGUGAGUGAGCUUUACUAUGGUACAGGAGAGUCAUUCCUGUUCACAUUUCAUCCAGAAUUCCAAGUGUUCCCUUGGACAGGAGAGAACACAUUUUUUGUCAAGGGAAACAACGAGUCUCUUAUUGUGGGCGGAGGAGAUGGUAACUUUGGCAUGUGGUUGGAUGGAGAUCUCUACCAAGGAAGGACACAGCCUUGCAAGACUUUCAAUAACUCACAGCUUACUGACUCAGAGGACUUCAUUAUCAAGGCUGUUGAAUGUUGGUGCUUUGAGUGAGGUCCAAAUACAGUUAAGCAAUGGUUUAAACUGAUGUGAUUCCAGUGCCCCUUGCCUUGAUUGGCAGUUUGCAGCAAGAGCCUGGGCCUGGCUCUGUGAACCAGGAACCCGUCGUGUGGUAGGAGUUGUGACAAGGCGCAUUGUCUGCUGGUAACCUGGAAAACA